UUUUUUUUUUUUUAAUAUUAUUAAAUUAAUAUCUUAUCAGCGCUGAUGUGGUGUUCAGGGUUUCUCAAAAUGUAUUAUCAUUAUGAUAAUAUCAUACAUCAUUACGUGUUUGUUUCUGAGUUCAUACGUAUUGUUCAUGUUAACUUUUAACACUUGGCAGUUUUUUAAAUUCUAUUCAACAAUAUUAUAUUCUAGGCAAUAGGUUUAUUCGACUAAUGAAUAUCCAAUUAUAUAAAUUUCACAUUCUGUUAAAAAUUAUUUAUUUAUAAAAUAUUUAAAAAUUUUGCAAAUUUAUUAUUGGGUACUAUGAUCAACCUAUAUAAAACAAACGAAUGAGAAAUAAAUUUUGAAAAUGAGAGCUCACGUAAUGACGUUGGCCAACAGCAUUAUUGGUGUUAGCAUACUAGCUAUGCCAUUUUGUUACAAAGAGUGCGGAAUAAUACUUUCAACAUUAUUAUUGGUGUUAAGCAAUUUAAUGUCAAGAGCUUCUUGUCAUUUUCUAUUAAAGUCUGCUAUUAAAUCAAGGACACGAGAUUUUGAAUUCCUAGCAUUCCAUUUGUUUGGAAAAUUAGGAAAAAUCACGGUUGAGUUGAGCAUAAUAAUGUUUCUUAUGGGAACCUGUAUUGCUUUCUUUGUUGUUAUGGGUGAUUUAGGACCACAGAUUAUCGGUGACAUGUUUAAUAUAAAAAAUACUACAGCUCUUCGUCCAAGCAUUAUGAUUGGUUUAGCUGCAUUUGUAGUGUUGCCACUAGGGUUAUUACGUGAUGUUAAUAGUUUAAAUACAAUUUGUACAGCAGCAAUAAUAUUCUAUGCUUGUUUAGUAUUUAAGAUUUUCAUUGAAGCUUUUGACAAACUUUUCUCUUCGGUUUGGGUUUCAGAAAUAUAUUUUUGGAAACCAGUUGGUCUUUUCCAAUGUUUACCAAUAUUUUCAAUGUCUCUAUUUUGUCAAACACAGUUGUUCGAUAUAUUUGAGACAAUCACUAAUGAAUCAUUGGAUAAGUUAAAUGCAAUAAUACGCUCGUCAAUGAAUAUGUGCACUAGUGUUUACAUUAGUGUAGGAAUUUUAGGAUAUAUUGCAUAUUAUGACUCAGCAUUAACAGGGAACAUUCUUACUAGUUUUUCACAAUGUCUGUCCAGUGAUAUAAUUAAAAUUGGUUUUGUUAUGUCUAUUGCUGUUAGUUUCCCUCUGGUCAUAUUUCCAUGUCGUUCAUCAAUAUACUCUCUACUUGCUACAAAAGACUAUGUACUUGUAUCUGGAGGAAGACAGCAUAUUGCAGAAACCCCUUUCAAAUGCAUCACAUUUUUUAUUGUAUUAUUCUCCUUAGUCACUGGUCUUUUAAUGCCUAAUAUAGAAGUUGUAUUAGGACUGAUUGGAUCCACUAUAGGAGUUAUGAUAAAUGUUAUGUUUCCUUCCAUGUUUUUAGUACGUGUGGCCAAUAAAAGUCCUAAAGAAAGGUUUUGGGCUAGAUUUAUUUUUUUUGUAGGUAUUUUUAUUAUGGUAAUGGGAACUUCAGCUAAUCUCUACGCCAUACAUCAAACAUUUUCAAAUGUGAAAACAGUACAUAGAGAAGUUGAAACAUUGGAUUUUAAACCUAUGGCUACACAACAAGACAUUAUAAAUCCAAAAUUGAAAACUUCUGAAGAGAUAAGAGUUGAACCUCCUAUUCCUAUGGAGCCAAUUAUUAAAUCAAAUGCUGAAGUAAAAAAAGAAAAAAUAGUAAAAGUAGAUAAUGGAAAUACUAUUAGUAAGGAUGCAAUUAAUAAAGAGGAUGAAGAAUUGGAAAAACGACCUGAAAUAGAAUUACUAGAAAAGUUAAAAAAUCAUGAAAAUGAAGAGAAAAAAAUAUUGGCUGAAUCUAAACAAAUAUUAGAAGAAUUAAAAGGAGCUCGUCAAGUACAGUUUGAAAAAAAUAAAAAAAAGCCUAUUAACAAUGUUAUAGAAUCGAAAUUAAAUAAUAAAGAAAAAGAUAAAAAAAUUGAUACGUCUUUGGAUGAAAAAAAAAAUCAAUUAGUUAAGGAUAAGUUGCCUUUACCUUUAGUAUUGAAAGAAGCAAACAAACCUAAUAAAACAAAAAUAGAAAUAAAUAGAGAUAAACGAGAUUUGACACCAACAGUAAAUAGUAAUAAUGACGAGAAAGAAGAAAAUUGUAAUAAAGAUGAAAAGGCUGAUAAUAAAGACUCCACGAGAGUUAAAAAUAUUGAUAACAUAGAUACUAUUGAAAAUACUAGUAUAACAAUUUGAAUACUAAACAUUGUAAACAUACCUACUUUUUCUUCCCACCAUUCCCACUACCAUGGUUGAUCUCUAUACUUUGCAAUACUUUAUAUAUACCUAAUUAUAAUAUAAUUGUAAUAUGUACUUAGCACAAUUAAUAAAGCUGCAAUAUUUUUUUAACCUUUUUGUGGACAAAUUUGUAUUAUUUUUAAUAUUUACUAUUAAGUUUUUAAAACAUUUGUAUGUGUAUUAAAUUUAAAGUUCCUAUAUGGUUAACAGUAAUUACAAUUUGUAUUUAUUAUUGUCAUGUUAUUAAAGUGAUUAUAUUCACAAGCUACUUUCAAAGAAAUGGAAAAUUAAAUAUUUGUUCAGUUAUUCAAAUUUGAUUACCAUUCAAUAUUUGCUUCUACAUUCAAUUUUAAUGUAUUAACUGUAAUACUAAAAACUCCAUGAAAAAAACCUGUAAAAUUAAAUUAUAAUUUAAUUUCUCAUAUUAAUGUAAUAUAUGUAUGUGCCUUAUAA